AUGGUUUCAUCAAUACCCGUCAAGAAUGCAUUAGUAUCAGAUCCUUCCUCUUCAGAACCAUCUUCAUCGCUAUCAGUAGUCUUUUCAGUUACAAAUGAUGAAGAUUCAGUUGUUGAUGAUUCUUCAUCCUUUGAUUCAGCAGCAGCAGCAGCCCCACUUCCUUCAACAUCAGAAGUGGUGGAAGAUGAUGAAACUGUUGUCGACUCUUCUCCACUUCCCUCUUCAACUGGUGUUUCAGAAGAGGUAGAUGAUUCAGAAGAAGAUGAUCCGGUGGUGGCCUCGAUGUGUUCCUCUCCACUAGAUUCGGCUGUAGCAAUCGAAGCUUGGCUUGUCUCUAAUGUAGUUGUUUCUUCUUCUCCACUUGAUUCUGUGUUCUUUGUUGUCGACGAAACUGUUUCUUCUGCCGAUACAGGCGUAGUUUCUUCACUUGUAUCAGUUGUUUUCGUAGAAGGUUCAGUUGGUGCGCCGGUCACAAACGCUGGCUUAUCAUCGUCUUCUCCUCCAGAAGUAGUCGUCUCAUUUUCUUCAGUGGGUGCAACAGUUGUAGUUUCUCCUACAGACGCAACAGCAACAGCAACGGUGGUGGAUUCUACUCCUGAAGCUUCGGUCACAGUAGUCGUGGUAGUCUCCUCUCCAGACGCUUCGGUGACUUGGUCAUCUUUUGAGGGACUCACUUUCUCAUCUUCUGAAAGAGCUACUUCACCAGAUCCUUCUGAAUCCGUAGUUGCCGUUAAAUUCACACCCUCAUUUGCUGCCAGUUUAGCAAGAUCUGCAGCGAAUUGCUUGCCGAAACCAGUGACAAAUGCUGGUCCUUCUGUUGUGGUGGAAUCAGUAGCAGUAGUAGUUUCUUCUCCGGAAGCUUCAGUGACGGCAGCAGUUGUGGUCUCCUCUCCGGAAGCUUCAGUGACGGCGACAGUUGUCGACUCUUCUACGGAAGCUUCAGUGACGGCAGCAGUUGUGGUCUCCUCUCCGGAUGCUUCAGUGACUGCGGCAGUUGUGGCCUCUUCUACGGACGCAACGGCAACAUCAACGGUGGUGGAUUCUUCUCCUGAAGCUUCGGUCACAAUAGCCGUGGUAGUCUCCUCUCCAGACGCUUCGGUAACUUGGUCAUCCUUUGAGAGCUCAGACGGAACUGAAGUUGAUGAAACGGCUGGUUCUUCACCAGAUGCUUCAGUUACGGCGGCAGUAGUAGCUUCUUCUCCGGAAGCUUCAGUGACGGCAGCAGUUGUGGUCUCCUCUCCGGAAGCUUCAGUGACGGCAGCAGUUGUGGUCUCCUCUCCGGAUGCUUCAGUGACUGCGGCAGUUGUGGCCUCGUCUACGGACGCAACGGCAACAGCAACGGUGGUGGAUUCUUCUCCUGAAGCUUCGGUCACAGUAGCCGUGGUAGUCUCCUCUCCAGACGCUUCGGUAACUUGGUCAUCCUUUGAGAGCUCAGACGGAACUGAUGUUGAUGAAACGGCUGGUUCUUCACCAGAUGCUUCAGUGACGGCGGCAGUAGUAGCUUCUUCUCCGGAAGCUUCAGUGACGGCAGCAGUUGUGGUCUCCUCUCCGGAUGCUUCAGUGACUGCGGCAGUUGUGGCCUCUUCUACGGACGCAACAGCAACAGCAACGGUGGUGGAUUCUUGUUCUGAAGCUUCGGUCACAGUAGCCGUGGUAGUCUCCUCUCCAGACGCUUCGGUAACUUGGUCAUCCUUUGAGAGCUCAGACGGAACUGAUGUUGAUGAAACGGCUGGUUCUUCACCAGAUGCUUCAGUUACGGCGGCAGUAGUAGCUUCUUCUCCGGAAGCUUCAGUGACGGCAGCAGUUGUGGUCUCCUCUCCGGAUGCUUCAGGGACUGCGGCAGUUGUGGCCUCUUCUACGGACGCAACAGCAACAGCAACGGUGGUGGAUUCUUCUCCUGAAGCUUCGGUCACAGUAGCCGUGGUAGUCUCCUCUCCAGACGCUUCGGUAACUUGGUCAUCCUUUGAGAGCUCAGACGGAACUGAUGUUGAUGAAACGGCUGGUUCUUCACCAGAUGCUUCAGUUACGGCGGCAGUAGUAGCUUCUUCUCCGGAAACUUCAGUGACGGCAGCAGUUGUGGUCUCCUCUCCGGAAGCUUCAGUGACGGCAGCAGUUGUGGUCUCCUCACCGGAUGCUUCAGUGACUGCGGCAGUUGUGGCCUCUUCUACGGACGCAACGGCAACAGCAACGGUGGUGGAUUCUUCUCCUGAAGCUUCGGUCACAGUAGCCGUGGUAGUCUCCUCUCCAGACGCUUCGGUAACUUGGUCAUCCUGUGAGAGCUCAGACGGAACUGAUGUUGAUGAAACGGCUGGUUCUUCACCAGAUGCUUCAGUUACGGCGGCAGUAGUAGCUUCUUCUCCGGAAGCUUCAGUGACGGCGGCAGUAGUAGCUUCUUCUCCGGAAGCUUCAGUGACGGCAGCAGUUGUGGUCUCCUCUCCGGAUGCUUCAGUGACUGCGGCAGUUGUGGCCUCUUCUACGGACGCAACGGCAACAGCAACGGUGGUGGAUUCUUCUCCUGAAGCUUCGGUCACAGUAGCCGUGGUAGUCUCCUCUCCAGACGCUUCGGUGACUUGGUCAUCCUUUGAGAGCUCAGACGGAACUGAUGUUGAUGAAACGGCUGGUUCUUCACCAGAUGCUUCAGUUACGGCGGCAGUAGUAGCUUCUUCUCCGGAAGCUUCAGUGACGGCAGCAGUUGUGGUCUCCUCUCCGGAUGCUUCAGUGACUGCGGCAGUUGUGGCCUCUUCUACGGACGCAACAGCAACAGCAACGGUGGUGGAUUCUUCUCCUGAAGCUUCGGUCACAGUAGCCGUGGUAGUUUCCUCUCCAGACGCUGCGGUAACUUGGUCAUCCUUUGAGAGCUCAGACGGAACUGAUGUUGAUGAAACGGCUGGUUCUUCACCAGAUGCUUCAGUUACGGCGGCAGUAGUAGCUUCUUCUCCGGAAGCUUCAGUGACGGCAGCAGUUGUGGUCUCCUCUCCGGAUGCUUCAGUGACUGCGGCAGUUGUGGCCUCUUCUACGGACGCAACAGCAACAGCAACGGUGGUGGAUUCUUCUCCUGAAGCUUCGGUCACAGUAGCCGUGGUAGUCUCCUCUCCAGACGCUUCGGUAACUUGGUCAUCCUUUGAGAGCUCAGACGGAACUGAUGUUGAUGAAACGGCUGGUUCUUCACCAGAUGCUUCAGUUACGGCGGCAGUAGUAGCUUCUUCUUCUCCGGAAGCUUCAGUGACGGCAGCAGUUGUGGUCUCCUCUCCGGAAGCUUCAGUGACGGCAGCAGUUGUGGUCUCCUCGCCGGAAGCUUCAGUGACGGCAGCAGUUGUGGUCUCCUCUCCGGAACCUUCAGUGACGGCGACAGUUGUGGUCUCCUCGCCGGAAGCUUCAGUGACGGCAGCAGUUGUGGUCUCUUCUACGGACGCAACAGCAACAGCAACGGUGGUGGAUUCUUCUCCUGAAGCUUCGGUCACAGUAGCCGUGGUAGUCUCCUCUCCAGACGCUUCGGUAACUUGGUCAUCCUUUGAGAGCUCAGACGGAACUGAUGUUGAUGAAACGGCUGGUUCUUCACCAGAUGCUUCAGUUACGGCGGCAGUAGUAGCUUCUUCUCCGGAAGCUUCAGUGACGGCAGCAGUUGUGGUCUCCUCUCCGGAUGCUUCAGUGACUGCGGCAGUUGUGGCCUCUUCUACGGACGCAACAGCAACAGCAACGGUGGUGGAUUCUUCUCCUGAAGCUUCGGUCACAGUAGCCGUGGUAGUCUCCUCUCCAGACGCUUCGGUAACUUGGUCAUCCUUUGAGAGCUCAGACGGAACUGAUGUUGAUGAAACGGCUGGUUCUUCACCAGAUGCUUCAGUUACGGCGGCAGUAGUAGCUUCUUCUCCGGAAGCUUCAGUGACGGCAGCAGUUGUGGUCUCCUCUCCGGAAGCUUCAGUGACGGCGGCAGUUGUGGUCUCCUCGCCGGAAGCUUCAGUGACGGCAGCAGUUGUGGUCUCCUCUCCGGAAGCUUCAGUGACGGCGACAGUUGUGGUCUCCUCGCCGGAAGCUUCAGUGACGGCAGCAGUCGUGGUCUCUUCUACGGAUGCAACAGCAACAGCAACGGUGGUGGAUUCUUCUCCUGAAGCUUCGGUCACAGUAGCCGUGGUAGUCUCCUCUCCAGACGCUUCGGUAACUUGGUCAUCCUUUGAGAGCUCAGACGGAACUGAUGUUGAUGAAACGGCUGGUCCUUCACCAGAUGCUUCAGUUACGGCGGCAGUAGUAGCUUCUUCUCCGGAAGCUUCAGUGACGGCAGCAGUUGUGGUCUCCUCUCCGGAAGCUUCAGUGACGGCAGCAGUUGUGGUCUCCUCUCCGGAAGCUUCAGUGACGGCGGCAGUUGUGGUCUCCUCUACGGACGCAACAGCAACAGCAACGGUGGUGGAUUCUUCUCCUGAAGCUUCGGUCACAGUAGCCGUGGUAGUCUCCUCUCCAGACGCUUCGGUGACUUGGUCAUCCUUUGAGAGCUCAGACGGAACUGAUGUUGAUGAAACGGCUGGUUCUUCACCAGAUGCUUCAGUUACGGCGGCAGUAGUAGCUUCUUCUCCGGAAGCUUCAGUGACGGCAGCAGUUGUGGUCUCCUCUCCGGAAGCUUCAGUGACGGCGGCAGUUGUGGUCUCCUCGCCGGAAGCUUCAGUGACGGCAGCAGUUGUGGUCUCCUCUCCGGAAGCUUCAGUGACGGCGACAGUUGUGGUCUCCUCGCCGGAAGCUUCAGUGACGGCAGCAGUUGUGGUCUCUUCUACGGAUGCAACAGCAACAGCAACGGUGGUGGAUUCUUCUCCUGAAGCUUCGGUCACAGUAGCCGUGGUAGUCUCCUCUCCAGACGCUUCGGUAACUUGGUCAUCCUUUGAGAGCUCAGACGGAACUGAUGUUGAUGAAACGGCUGGUUCUUCACCAGAUGCUUCAGUUACGGCGGCAGUAGUAGCUUCUUCUCCGGAAGCUUCAGUGACGGCAGCAGUUGUGGUCUCCUCUCCGGAAGCUUCAGUGACGGCGGCAGUUGUGGUCUCCUCGCCGGAAGCUUCAGUGACGGCAGCAGUUGUGGUCUCCUCUCCGGAAGCUUCAGUGACGGCGGCAGUUGUGGUCUCCUCUACGGACGCAACAGCAACAGCAACGGUGGUGGAUUCUUCUCCUGAAGCUUCGGUCACAGUAGCCGUGGUAGUCUCCUCUCCAGACGCUUCGGUGACUUGGUCAUCCUUUGAGAGCUCAGACGGAACUGAUGUUGAUGAAACGGCUGGUUCUUCACCAGAUGCUUCAGUUACGGCGGCAGUAGUAGCUUCUUCUCCGGAAGCUUCAGUGACGGCAGCAGUUGUGGUCUCCUCUCCGGAAGCUUCAGUGACGGCAGCAGUUGUGGUCUCCUCUCCGGAAGCUUCAGUGACGGCAGCAGUUGUGGUCUCUUCUACGGACGCAACAGCAACAGCAACGGUGGUGGAUUCUUCUCCUGAAGCUUCGGUCACAGUAGCCGUGGUAGUCUCCUCUCCAGACGCUUCGGUAACUUGGUCAUCCUUUGAGAGCUCAGACGGAACUGAUGUUGAUGAAACGGCUGGUUCUUCACCAGAUGCUUCAGUUACGGCGGCAGUAGUAGCUUCUUCUCCGGAAGCUUCAGUGACGGCAGCAGUUGUGGUCUCCUCUCCGGAUGCUUCAGUGACUGCGGCAGUUGUGGCCUCUUCUACGGACGCAACAGCAACAGCAACGGUGGUGGAUUCUUCUCCUGAAGCUUCGGUCACAGUAGCCGUGGUAGUCUCCUCUCCAGACGCUUCGGUAACUUGGUCAUCCUUUGAGAGCUCAGACGGAACUGAUGUUGAUGAAACGGCUGGUUCUUCACCAGAUGCUUCAGUUACGGCGGCAGUAGUAGCUUCUUCUCCGGAAGCUUCAGUGACGGCAGCAGUUGUGGUCUCCUCUCCGGAAGCUUCAGUGACGGCGGCAGUUGUGGUCUCCUCGCCGGAAGCUUCAGUGACGGCAGCAGUUGUGGUCUCCUCUCCGGAAGCUUCAGUGACGGCGACAGUUGUGGUCUCCUCGCCGGAAGCUUCAGUGACGGCAGCAGUCGUGGUCUCUUCUACGGAUGCAACAGCAACAGCAACGGUGGUGGAUUCUUCUCCUGAAGCUUCGGUCACAGUAGCCGUGGUAGUCUCCUCUCCAGACGCUUCGGUAACUUGGUCAUCCUUUGAGAGCUCAGACGGAACUGAUGUUGAUGAAACGGCUGGUCCUUCACCAGAUGCUUCAGUUACGGCGGCAGUAGUAGCUUCUUCUCCGGAAGCUUCAGUGACGGCAGCAGUUGUGGUCUCCUCUCCGGAAGCUUCAGUGACGGCAGCAGUUGUGGUCUCCUCUCCGGAAGCUUCAGUGACGGCGGCAGUUGUGGUCUCCUCUACGGACGCAACAGCAACAGCAACGGUGGUGGAUUCUUCUCCUGAAGCUUCGGUCACAGUAGCCGUGGUAGUCUCCUCUCCAGACGCUUCGGUAACUUGGUCAUCCUUUGAGAGCUCAGACGGAACUGAUGUUGAUGAAACGGCUGGUUCUUCACCAGAUGCUUCAGUUACGGCGGCAGUAGUAGCUUCUUCUCCGGAAGCUUCAGUGACGGCAGCAGUUGUGGUCUCCUCUCCGGAAGCUUCAGUGACGGCGGCAGUUGUGGUCUCCUCGCCGGAAGCUUCAGUGACGGCAGCAGUUGUGGUCUCCUCUCCGGAAGCUUCAGUGACGGCGGCAGUUGUGGUCUCCUCUACGGACGCAACAGCAACAGCAACGGUGGUGGAUUCUUCUCCUGAAGCUUCGGUCACAGUAGCCGUGGUAGUCUCCUCUCCAGACGCUUCGGUGACUUGGUCAUCCUUUGAGAGCUCAGACGGAACUGAUGUUGAUGAAACGGCUGGUUCUUCACCAGAUGCUUCAGUUACGGCGGCAGUAGUAGCUUCUUCUCCGGAAGCUUCAGUGACGGCAGCAGUUGUGGUCUCCUCUCCGGAAGCUUCAGUGACGGCAGCAGUUGUGGUCUCCUCUCCGGAAGCUUCAGUGACGGCAGCAGUUGUGGUCUCUUCUACGGACGCAACAGCAACAGCAACGGUGGUGGAUUCUUCUCCUGAAGCUUCGGUCACAGUAGCCGUGGUAGUCUCCUCUCCAGACGCUUCGGUAACUUGGUCAUCCUUUGAGAGCUCAGACGGAACUGAUGUUGAUGAAACGGCUGGUUCUUCACCAGAUGCUUCAGUUACGGCGGCAGUAGUAGCUUCUUCUCCGGAAGCUUCAGUGACGGCAGCAGUUGUGGUCUCCUCUCCGGAAGCUUCAGUGACGGCAGCAGUUGUGGUCUCCUCUCCGGAAGCUUCAGUGACGGCGGCAGUUGUGGUCUCUUCUACGGACGCAACAGCAACAGCAACGGUGGUGGAUUCUUCUCCUGAAGCUUCGGUCACAGUAGCCGUGGUAGUCUCCUCUCCAGACGCUUCGGUAACUUGGUCAUCCUUUGAGAGCUCAGACGGAACUGAUGUUGAUGAAACGGCUGGUUCUUCACCAGAUGCUUCAGUUACGGCGGCAGUAGUAGCUUCUUCUCCGGAAGCUUCAGUGACGGCAGCAGUUGUGGUCUCCUCUCCGGAAGCUUCAGUGACGGUAGCAGUUGUGGUCUCCUCUCCGGAUGCUUCAGUGGCUGCGGCAGUUGUGGUCUCCUCUCCGGAAGCUUCAGUGAUGGCGGCAGUUGUGGUCUCUUCUACGGACGCAACAGCAACAGCAACGGUGGUGGAUUCUUCUCCUGAAGCUUCGGUCACAGUAGCCGUGGUAGUCUCCUCUCCAGACGCUUCGGUAACUUGGUCAUCCUUUGAGAGCUCAGACGGAACUGAUGUUGAUGAAACGGCUGGUUCUUCACCAGAUGCUUCAGUUACGGCGGCAGUAGUAGCUUCUUCUCCGGAAGCUUCAGUGACGGCAGCAGUUGUGGUCUCCUCUCCGGAAGCUUCAGUGACGGUAGCAGUUGUGGUCUCCUCUCCGGAUGCUUCAGUGACUGCGGCAGUUGUGGCCUCUUCUACGGACGCAACGGCAACAGCAACGGUGGUGGAUUCUUCUCCUGAAGCUUCGGUCACAGAAGCCGUGGUAGUCUCCUCUCCUGAAGCUUCGGUAACUUGGUCAUCUUUUGAGAGCUCAGACGGAACUGAUGUUGAUGAAACGGCUGGUUCUUCACCAGAUGCUUCAGUUACGGCGGCAGUAGUAGCUUCUUCUCCGGAAGCUUCAGUGACGGCAGCAGUUGUGGUCUCCUCUCCGGAAGCUUCAGUGACGGCGGCAGUUGUGGUCUCCUCGCCGGAAGCUUCAGUGACGGCAGCAGUUGUGGUCUCCUCUCCGGAAGCUUCAGUGACGGCGACAGUUGUGGUCUCUUCUACGGACGCAACAGCAACAGCAACGGUGGUGGAUUCUUCUCCUGAAGCUUCGGUCACAGUAGCCGUGGUAGUCUCCUCUCCAGACGCUUCGGUAACUUGGUCAUCCUUUGAGAGCUCAGACGGAACUGAUGUUGAUGAAACGGCUGGUUCUUCACCAGAUGCUUCAGUUACGGUGGCAGUAGUAGCUUCUUCUCCGGAAGCUUCAGUGACGGCAGCAGUUGUGGUCUCCUCUCCGGAAGCUUCAGUGACGGCAGCAGUUGUGGUCUCCUCUCCGGACGCCUCGACAGCUUGGCAUGUUUCAAAGGAACUGAAAGUUGAGAUUGAGAGUCACCUAAUUAUAAUCGUUGUUACCGCAGGACAAGCAAUGAAUCCAUACUGUUUUUUCGGAUCGGUCAAUAUUAACAAGCUUGCCGUUACUACAAAACGGCUUGUCUUCAUAAGCAAGAGAGCACUGAUUGGAUUCUGGGUCGUACUUUGCUGCUGUACAUCCAUCCUAAAUUUGUGUUUGUAUAAUCUGAUGGCAUUGUAA